AUGGCUAUUCAAGACUUCAUAGUCUCCGUAUCGGAGUCAAAGCUCGUGCAGGCCUUUUUGUUUGCCGCUCUCUUCACAGGUAUCUACAAAAUCACCAACUUGACCUUGUCGCUUGGUGCUUUGUUGGCUGACAUCUUUGUUCUUCCAGCCACCAACUUUUCCAAGUAUGGUGCCAAAAAAGGCAAAUGGGCCGUCAUUACUGGUGCCUCUGAUGGAAUUGGUAAGGAGUACGCUCUCCAGCUUGCCAAAAAGGGUCUCAAUGUUGUUUUGGUUUCGAGAACUGCUUCGAAGUUGGAGGCACUUGCUGAUGAAAUCGCUGCUAAGUACGGAGUGGAGACCAAGUACGUGGCUUUCGACGCGUCCACCGAUGCUCCAGCAAACUACGAGCUCUUGCGUGAGUCAAUUGCCGGUUUGCCCGUGACUGUGUUGAUCAACAACGUUGGUCAGUCCCACUCCAUCCCAGUGCCAUUCUUGGAGACCGAGGAGAAGGAAUUGGUGGACAUUAUUACCUUGAACAACACCGUCACUUUGAAGAUCACCCAGAUUGUGGCCCCAUUGAUUGCCGAGACCGUUUCCGACAAGUCCUCUAGGGGUCUUAUUCUUACCAUGGGCUCUUUUGGCGGUUUGUUGCCCACUCCUUACUUGGCUACCUACUCCGGCUCCAAGGCUUUCUUGCAACAGUGGUCUGCUGCUUUGGCCGGUGAGUUGAAGCCUCAGGGUAUUGAUGUUGAGCUCGUUGUCUCCUAUUUGGUCACCUCUGCUAUGUCCAAGAUCAGAAGAACCAGUGCUACCAUUCCUUCGCCAAAGGCUUUUGUCCAGUCUACAUUGGCCAGCGUUGGUCGUCGUAGCGGUGCUCAGGAGAGAUUUGCUACCUCCACUCCAUUCUGGACCCAUGCCUUGAUGCACUUUGGUAUCGAGAACACUGUCGGUGUGUACUCGAGCGUUGCUAACAAGUUGAACCUCAGCAUGCACAAGAGCAUCCGUGCCAGAGCCUUGAAGAAGGCUGCCAGAAACAAGAAGGAUUAG